AUGGAGAAUCUACCUCCUGGUUAUCGUCCUAAUGUUGGUUUUUGUAGCUUCGAGAUUGAAUGUUCCUGGAGCAUGGCAGAUGCCACAGUAAAAGCAAAGGUUAACCGUCUUUGGGGCGGUGAAUGGCAUGGUCAAGCUCAAAAAUGGUUUYUAGUGAGACUAAGAAACGAUGAGGACGAAAGAGAGAUCAAUCUAGCGAACAACGAAGCAGCGGAUUCAGAGUUUGCUGAAUGGAAAUGGGCGAAACCGGAAGAAGUGGUAGAGCAAGCAGUGGAUUACAAAAGGCCUACUUAUGAAGAAGUCAUUAAGACUUUUGGUUCUUACUUGAAUGAUACAGGAAGAGCUGCUAAAUGUAAAUCAGCCAAAUGGUAA